AUGGCCGGAGACUCGACACCAAGGGAAGCGACCCGCGAGGAGAUGCGGGAUGCGAAGCUCCCCCUCGCCUACCGCGACAGCUGCGCCCACCUCCUCAUCCCCCUCAACCGCUGCCGAGUCGACUCCUGGUACCUCCCGUGGAAGUGCAAUGACGAGCGUCACAGCUACGAGAAGUGCCAGUACGACGAGUUCAAGAAGCGCGUCGCCAAGAUGAACGAGCUCCGCGCCGAGAAGGGUACGAGAAGCAACUAA